GGCCGUGCGCGCGGGGCUGUCUUUGCCUUGGGGCUUCUGCUGCUCGGGGAUGGGGCCCGUGGCGGACGCGGCUCGGUCUCCACGGCAACUCGGCUUAUGGCGCGCGGCGUGCCGAAAGCACCGAGCCCCUCUCUGGGGAUCGCUGGCAGCAGGAACGACGGUGGCGGCAGCAGGAGGAGGAAUACAGGAGCCGCCGGAACAAGACGAUGCUGACCUACUUGGCAGCCGGGGUGGUGGGCAUGGCAGGGCUGUCGUACGCUGCCGUGCCGCUCUACCGUCUCUAUUGCCAGGCUACCGGACUUGGUGGGUCAGCAGUAGCAGGUCAUGCUUCAGACCAGCUUGAAACAAUGGAGCCUAUAAAAGAUCGCAUUAUUAAGGUUACCUUCAAUGCAGAUGUACAUGCAAGUCUUCAGUGGAAUUUCAGACCUCAGCAGACUGAAGUAUAUGUUGUUCCAGGAGAGACUGCACUAGCAUUUUACAAAGCAAGGAAUCCUACUGAUAAGCCAAUAAUUGGAAUCUCUACCUACAAUGUGGUGCCUUUUGAAGCUGGACAGUAUUUCAAUAAGAUACAAUGCUUUUGUUUUGAAGAACAACGACUUAAUCCCCAUGAGGAAGUUGACAUGCCAGUAUUUUUCUUCAUUGAUCCUGAAUUUGCAGAAGACCCAAAGAUGGCCAAAGUUGACCUGAUCACUCUUUCUUACACCUUUUUUGAAGCAAAAGGAGAGAAACUGCCACUCCCAGGUUAUAAUUAAUACAACAACGUAGUAUCUGGACUCUGCAUUAGAGAUUUGCUCUGCUAUUCAAGACUGAUGAUCACAGACUGUGCAAAAGCACAUUCCUUACUUCUGGAAGACUAUGAUGAAAAACUGCAAAGCAGAAACCAUGUUUUAGGUGUUAAAUAUGUACAGAUUUGUAGUUCAUCUGGAAAUACAAUAUUUAAUUUUGUACGCAACCAUGAUUGUAAAUUCACAGUAGUAACUCAAAUUCCACAUUCAUUUCAUCUCUCUCACAGGCUACCAGUCAUGUUGCCAAUAAUGUCUGUUUAUCAAUAUAAUUUAUGAAUUGGUAGUAAAACUUAAAAAGCAA